AUGGCCGCCGGUGGUGCCACCGUCGGGCUCCCGAUCCACGAUCGGGCAGAGGACGUUCGGGCGUUGGGGCAGAGGUCGGAAGUCGUCACGAAGGUCGGUUUCAGGACUCGCAGAGGUCACCGAUCAGCGCGGAGCCAUUUGAACUCUCGGGUGUAUUUCCUUCUUUGCACUUGCUGACUUGCACGACGCCAGCCAUGUCCGGCCGAAAGUUCUGCGUCGGUGGGAACUGGAAAAUGAACGGAAACAAGAGCAGCAUUAAGGAGAUCUGCGAUAUGCUGAAGACGGCCAAGCUGGACCCCAACACCGAGGUGGUCCUCGGCUGUCCGGCCCCGUAUCUGGACUACGUCCGGAGGAUCCUGCCGGCCGCCAUCGCCGUGUCGGCGCAGAACUGCUACAAGGUCGAAAAAGGCGCUUUCACCGGCGAGAUCAGUCCUGCCAUGAUUAAAGACUGCGGUGCAACUUGGGUGAUUCUCGGUCAUUCGGAAAGGAGGAACGUGUUCAAGGAGUCCGACGAGCUGAUUGGAGACAAGGUGCAUCAUGCCCUGGAGUCCGGCCUGAACGUCAUUGCCUGCAUCGGUGAGCUGCUGGAGGAGCGGGAGGCCGGAAAGACGGAGGAGGUGGUCUACCGGCAGACAGCGGCCAUUGCAGCCAAGGUCACGGACUGGAACCGGGUGGUGCUGGCCUACGAGCCGGUCUGGGCCAUUGGAACGGGCAAGACUGCUUCCCCCGAACAGGCCCAAGAAGUGCAUGCACAGCUGAGGCAGUGGCUGAGCAAGAACGUGUCCCCCGACGUGGCAAAGAAAGUUCGAAUCCAGUACGGAGGAUCGGUGACUGCGGCCAACUGCCAGGAGCUAGCCAAGAAGCCCGACGUAGACGGAUUCCUGGUGGGAGGAGCCUCACUGAAGCCAGAGUUUGUCGAGAUCAUUAACGCUCGCCAGUAAGGUCCUACUGGUUGGAGCACCUCCUGUGGUUUUCCCCCUUGUAGAACCUCAGCUCCUUCUUUUCAAUUAUAGACCCCCACAAGACGAUUUGUCUGAGCAGUCGCCCCGAUGUAAACUAUGGUUGUGUAUAGACGCAGCACUUUUGGAACAGACCCAGUUUUCGGAGCUGGACUUUACAUGGCGUUCUUUUUGUAUUAGAAAAUCUUUUCCAGUUUAACUUCGUACUAAAGGUCCGCAAGCUUUUGAAGCAGGGAUUGAGUGCUUGCAGGAAAAUGUGACUAAGCCCAGAAUUGCUGUCUUUAACGAUGUGUAACAAGAAGCUAGAAGUUUAGCAUACUCGCAGUCUAAAAUUUGAUGAAAACAAUGUUACGACGAGAGCUACAAAGUUCCUACAGCCGUUGGUUGUCUGCAUUAGAACAUUAUUUGGCUUGCUGUUGACUUCUCGGAAAAAGCACUGCCAUCUUUUGUGAUAUAAAUUUUGUUUGCUAUUGCAGUGUUUGAAUCCCUUUUCAGUCAUAGUAAGUAAUCAAUACAAGUGAGAGACGUGUGUUUUAUGGCUAAGGUACAGUGCAUACCAAGGUUAGCAAAAAGACAAUGGUGCAUAAGGCUUCUGUGGGCAUAAUUCCCCCAGUCAUUCAUGGUCAGUGGUGUAAGAAGAAACCCUUUAGUCUGUUGUACACAAACCAUUGCAGUGUUGAAGUGAGGAAAUAAAACUGAUUAAAGCUGA